UUGAUUUACCAAAGCAACCCAAUAAGGAAAAACGCAACCCAGCACCAAAGGGAAAGCUAUGUUCAAUGGGGAAGACGAGUAUGUGAGGUCAACGUUUCGGCCGAUCUGGAUUUGAUCUUCGAACUUCAACGCCAUCCAUCUGCAUCUGCAUCUGAAUCAAUAAACUAAAAAAUUAAAAAAAUGAGAGAGCAGCCGCGUCCACAACCACAGAUUCUCCGACAGAGGAAUAUCUAUCUCCCAGACGACCUCGUAAUCAACAACAUCCUGACAAGGCUGCCGGUGAAAUCAGUGAUGAGAUUCAGGCGGGUUUGCAAAUCCUGGUACUCCUCAAUCAAAACCUCCGAUUUCAUCGACACCCACCUCAGCAACUACAAAGAUUCACAUGAUAAUGGCUAUGUCAUACACAUGCCAUCGGUAAGAAACACUUCUUCUUAUCGUUCUCCUUCUUCUUCUUCUUCUUCUAACACUAGCAUACCCGUUUGUACUGUCGCUUUUGACUGCACGUUUGAUAAGAUUUCUGAUGUUAGAAUUCCCUUUGAUGUUAAUUUUAACCAAAUAGUGGGUUCGUGCAAUGGCUUAUUGUGUGUCGCCAAUUCGGGUAAUGUUAUAUAUCUGUGGAACCCCAGUAUUAGAAAAUUCAAGAGGUUGCCUGAUACUUUGUUAGGACAGUUAGACAAUGUUACACUCGGAUUUGCAUAUCAUCCCGAGAAUAAUGAUUACAAGGUUGUCAGGAUUUCAUCUACUCCUUUCGGGGCACCUGUGAGUUAUCAUGAGAUUGAGGUGUACACAUUAAGUUCAGAUUCAUGGAGACGUGUUGGAAUUACGUUGACAACCACUGUUAUCCUCUAUGAUAAAAAUUUUCCUUUGCCAAUCCCGUUGGUUAAUGGAGCUUUGCAUUGGAUAUCGUGUAUCGCAGAAGGAGAAGAGAAUCACAAGAGUAGAACGAUUAUGGCAUUUGAUGUCAAUAGUGAGAAAUUCAGAAAGCUUGCACUGCCUCAUGGGUCUAUUGAUGAGAACACCUUUCAGACAUUUCUUGCAUCUUUCAAAGGGAAACUAGCUUUCAUUACAUGGGAGCGGAGUGAACAGCCUGGAACCCAAUACUCCAUAUGGGUUAUGAAGGAGUAUGGUGUGGUCGCGUCUUGGAAUAAACUUCGUGUUGUACCAUUUGAAAGAGUAUCUCAUUGCAGUGCCUUUACUGAGAAUGGUUCACUUCUGGUUUGCUACAUCAAUGAUCAAGUAGAGGAGCCGGAUUUUAAUUUUGUGCUAGUUGACAUUGAAACUCUACAUGAGAAGAAGGAUCCUGAUAUCCAACAGCAUUCAUAUGUAGCUACUUUCAUGGAGAGUCUUGUUUUACUUGAUGGAGCUAACACGGUAGCUUACUAAGCAGAUGGCAGAGGGUAUAUCAGAAGUGAAGUCAUUAGUGAAAAAUUGGCAGAGAAGUGCAAAAAGGAAGAAAGAGGGAGAGGGGGGCAGUUGGCGAUUGACAGUACGAGGGUUAUGGUGGUUUUCCAUUCAUAUAUAUGCAUAUUAUACAGAUAACCGUGUUUUCUUUGGUGGGAGAAAAUCUUGAUCUGCUUCAUUAUCUUUACUUGUGAAUUUCUUUGAGACUAUGUCUAGAUUUAAGUUAAUUUGGGUAAAGAAUGAGAUGGUUUCAGUGGGGGAGGUUGGGGGAGAUAGCUGGUAUUCUGGUAAGGUGAAUUUUGUUGCAUAUGUAUUAAGUUGUAUUCAGAGGCAAUGUUACUCUUAGCACUCUUUUGAACUUGCCAACCUUUCCUGUUCAUAUGGCAAAUGUAAGUAAAAUGAAGUUUCUUCCAGUAAUCUUAAAUGAAGUGUCUUCCAAUAAUCUGUUGUAAAAAUACGUGACAGAAGUAUAACUGAGUUUGACAACUCUAACAAUCCUUAAUAUUGCUGUAUAUUUGGACCGUGGUUUUUUCAUUGUUUGGAGUGCAUUGAGUUAUGGCAAUAGGUGUUGUUGAACUUUUGGCGAGUUAAAAA